AAAGAUUUGUCUAAAAUUUAUACAGAGAAAUCAAAUGCUAGUUGACAAUCAUUGAAAUAAUAAAAAAUUGACGAGAAAAUAAGAAAAAAAUUAAAAAACAGUUCCUGAAUAUUUCAUGAAAGGAAGUUGUUCCUUUAUUGUUCCGUUGGACAUAGAUAUUUGAAAAUCUUAAAUCAUAGGUUAUGUUUUCAGAUAAGAUAAAAACGGUUGGUGCGGUUAGCAGCAAACAAAAAUUAAAAAUUAUCAAAUACGCUUGAACUGAACAGGAUUUCAAUGAUUUUGUAGUAUUUCUUGAUUCUAAAUAAUUUUAACUGCAGUCUGUGUUUCUGCCUUUUUCAAAAUGAAUUUAGAUGACCAUGUCAAUGUUAGUGUAAGACUGAAACCUCCUCCAAGACGGAGGUCUUUUAAAAGUUCAUUACAAGUUAUCAGUAGUGAUCCAGCACUUUUAUUAGCAACAGAGAGGCAACAGACAUUUCAUUUCGAUAAUAUUUUUGAGGAAGAUUCUAGUCAGGAAGAAAUUUAUGGAAAAAUUGUCAAGCCCUUAGUGGGAAAAGUCAAAGAUGGAUAUAAUUGUACUAUUUUUGCAUAUGGACAGACUGGAACAGGAAAGACGUACACUAUGGGGACAAAUUCAUUGGAAAAGAAUGAUGGUAUUAUUCCUAGGGCUUUGGAUGACUUUUUCUCUUAUGAUAAUGGUGAAGUAGAUGUUCAUGUUUCUUUCAUGGAGAUAUAUAAUGAGAGAGUUUAUGAUUUGCUCAAAAGCAAUAAUGAAACUCCACUGCCACUAAAAGGUUUUAGAGUUGAGGGUUUGUCAAAACAAAAAGUAUUCAAUAUUUAUGAGGCAAAAAGUUUCCUCAAAUUGGGUGGAAAAAAGAGACACACAGGUGAAACCAAACAAAAUAUGUUUAGUUCUAGAUCUCAUGCGAUUUUCUCAAUUGAAUUCACAGUUGAUCAUGGGAACAAACAAACUUGUGCAAAAUUAAAUUUAGUUGAUUUGGCUGGUUCAGAAAGUGUAAAAAAAACUGGAACUCAAGGAAAUUCAUUUCAGGAGGGUAUAAAUAUAAAUAAGGGUUUACUUUGUAUAGGACAAGUUAUGACGGCACUCAGUAGUAAUCUGUCUUACAUUCCUUACAGACAAUCAAUCAUAACAACUAUACUACAAGAUUCCCUGAAUAGAAAUAAUUAUAUAUCCCUGAUAGCUUGUGUGAAGUGUGAUAUUGAAGAUGCCAAUGAAUCCAUCCAAGCACUAGAGUUUGCUCAAAGGGUUAAAAAGAUGAAGAAUAAACCAGAAGUCAAUGAAAUACUCAUGAAAUUCAAACUAGACAAUCCCCUAUUGGAAAGAAAUGGCAGAUCUUCAUCAACUCCAAUGAAAAGAGCUCCAGCAACACCGUUCAGGAUCAAUCAAUUCAAGAAGCCGAAGUUACUGAGUACCUUGAACUGCCACGCGGAAAUGAGUGGUGUAUCUAUAAACAAUUCCAAAUCAACAGUUUCCAUGACAUCAGCCUGUAAUAGUGAAAUGGGAACUAACUUCAGUCCAAUUUUGAGGAAAUAUAUGGGUGCGCUCGAAAACACCUUGAUGGAUAAGUUGGAAAAUGUUAUUCAAAACACUUUGAAAAGACCCACUAGACGGAGUGCCAGAUUAUCAGCUAUUGCAGGAAAAGAGAAUACUCCUAAAUACUCUUGGAGAGAAAUUCAACCGAAAGUCGCAAAAUUAGUUCAAAAGGAAGUCAUACAAAUGACAUCUAAAACGUUGAGAGCGACUAGCAGCCCUAUAGAUCACGAGGAUAUCGAUCAGGCUAAAAAGAUAUUGGUAUUUGAUGACCAAAUUUCGAUGCAAACUAGUGAAGUCUCUGAAAAUGAACUUAAUGAAAAAAAAGAAUUGCAAAAAUUAACACCAUGCAUUUCUCCUAUUAAUCAUAACCAAACGAAGGAUCCAUUUGAAAACGAUUUCAUAUUCAAGAAACCAGCUCUUCCAAAUAAAACAAAUGUAGAAAAAGAACAAUUUAAUUCAUCAGAAACUACAAAAGUUGCACCAAGAAGAAGUACAAGAAUUUCAAUUAGAUCUCAAAGAAUACUGAAUGAAACUAGGGAAUUAAAUGAAUCCAAUAUUAAGAAUAACAACAGAAAUAGUAAACGCAAAAAACUUCCUAAAUUUCCUGAAAAUUGUGGUUGCGAGCAUACAAAAAUCUCUGAACCUAAGAAAAAGGGUAAAUCCAAGAACACUGAAAGUCCAAAGCAAAUGAGAACAAGAGAAGUUCUCGAUAUACUUAAUUCAGGAGAUAAAAAGGAUUUACAGAAAUUGGCUACCAUUGGUCCAAAGACUGCGGAGAGAAUUUUAUUGUUCAGACACAUCAAAGGGAAUUUUGCAUCUGUUAAGGAACUGUCGGAUAUGCCUGGAUGGUCCAAAACUUAUUUUAAUAAUUUCAUUGACCAAAAUUUUUUGAACAUAUAAUUUCAUUUUAUCAUUAUAUUUUCUUUAUAUUCUGCCAAAGGACAUUAUAGCUGUACUGAUUAC